AGGCUGGUUCCGAAGUAAUUGCGAUACAGUUCCGGAAAUAGCGACAUGGGACUAAAGGUAAGGUUGAGAUAGAGAUAAGAUAGAAUUUUCAUUUCUAUAGAAUGGAGAGUGGGUUGAUUAUGCUUGCUAACUAGUCUUUAAAGCUCGAGAACAUUUGAAGAAUAUUUGUGAACUAGUUUCGAGUUUUAAAGAGAUAUGGGAUCCUCAAUAUGGCUACUUCUUUUCUUCUUCGUUCCCAUAACCUUACACCACCUUGUUGCUCAAACCAUAAUAAAAGGCGACGUCUCAUGCACUUCGAGGGCUGAAUUGUGCUGGAGCUGUGCUGAUUCCCGCAAAUACACUAAUGGCAGCAUCUACCAACAAAACCUCAUCAGCCUCCUCUCCUCCUUUUCCAACACUUCCCAAAACCAAACCACCUAUGGCUUUCACAACUCUUCUCUCGGACAAGGCUCCAACAAAGUGAAUGCCAUUGCAUUGUGCAGAGGAGACCUCACACUCGGAGAAUGUAGUAGCUGUCUCAGCGACUCCACUCAGAUUCUCCUGCGAAACUGUUCAUAUAAAAUGGAAGCAAUCUUAUGGGCAGAGCCUUGCAUGGUACGGUACUCUCAAGACUUAAUAUUUGGUAUUGAGGAGGAGCACCCUUUUAUAUAUCUGCCCAGCCCGAACACCGCGUUAAACCCGCAAGUGUACGGGCAGGUGCUUAACCCCUUGUUGGAAACCUUAAGAGAUAGAGCUACUUCAGGUGAUUCUCAAAAAAAAUAUGCAGCAGGACAUGCAGUUGUUCCAGCUCCAGCAGGACAUGCAGACGAUCGCGAACCGAUAUAUGCACAUGCGCAGUGCACUCCGGACAUAGACAAAGUCAAUUGCCAUAAUUGCCUGAACAGUUGCAUCUCUGCUAUUCCACGAUGUUGCAGUGGAAAGUCAGGAACAAGAGUUCUUAGACCAAGUUGUAAUAUAAGGUUUGAGUACAAUCUUUUCUACAAGUCUACAGCCGAUUCAGAAUUAAAUAUUUCAGUUUCAGCUCCAGCUCCAGCUCCAGUUACUUUAACAACUCCAGUACUUCCACCUAAGCAAGGAAAGAAGAGUAACACAAAAAGAAAUAUCAUCAUAAUAAUUGUGGUUGUGAUUACUUUUGUCACGAUGCUUCUUGGUGGCAUAUGUAUUUUCUUAAGAGUCAAGAAGCCAAGGGUAAAACUUGACGAUGAUUUUUCUGGAGAAAUUAGUCUCGUGGAAUCAUUACAAUAUAACUUUGAAGAUAUUAAAUCUGCAACGGAUGACUUUUCUGAUGAAAAUAAGCUUGGACAAGGUGGAUUUGGAGCUGUUUACAAGGGUAGGCUAUAUAACGAACAAUAUAUAGCUGUGAAAAGGCUAUCUAAAAGUUCUCAACAGGGUGAUCGUGAAUUUAAAAAUGAAGUCACGUUAGUUGCUCAACUUCAACACCGGAACUUAGUGAGGCUUUUAGGCUUUUGCUUGAAAGGAGAGGAAAGGCUCCUCAUUUACGAAUAUAUACCUAAUAAAAGUCUUGAUCACUUCAUUUUUGACCCAACCAAUCAUGAACAUUUGGAUUGGGAAACACGUUACAAGAUCAUAGAAGGAAUUGUUCGUGGUCUUCUUUACCUGCAUGAAGAUUCUCGACUUCGAGUUAUUCACCGUGAUCUCAAAGCCAGCAACAUUUUGUUGGAUGAAGAUAUGAACCCUAAAAUUGCAGAUUUUGGUAUGGCAAGGUUGUUUGUGAUGGAUCAAACUCAAGCAGAUACAAAAACCAUUGUUGGGACCUAUGGAUACAUGGCACCUGAAUAUGCAAGUCAUGGGCGCUUUUCUGUCAAGUCAGAUGUCUUUAGUUUUGGUGUGUUAGUUCUUGAAAUAAUUACUGGCAAGAAGAGUGGUACUUUCCGAAAUGGUGAAAAUGAAGACGACCUAUUAAGCUACGCCUGGAGAAAUUGGAGGGAUGAUACAACUCUAAAUAUCAUAGAUCCCAUGUUAACAACAGGCUCAAGAUCUGAAAUAAUCAGAUGCAUCCAGAUUGGUUUAUUAUGUGUCCAAGAAAAUUUGAAUGACAGACCAACCAUGGGUUCAGUUGUUUCCAUGCUUAAUAGUCAUUCUCUCAAAAUCUCGAUACCUUCACGGCCUCCAUAUUAUUGGCCUUAUACUACUGAGUCAGAGACAUCAGGGUCGGGAUUCAGACUUACUGAGACGUCUGAUAAAUCCCAAAGCUCUGUGUCAAGAGGUAUGGAUUCAGAUAUUACUGAACUACAUCCACGCUAGGGGCCUAAGUAUUUUUAUUUACUACCAUUAAUGGAGAUCCUUUAUUUGUUUAAGUGAACGUUUGAGCUUGAUGGUUCCAUCAAAAUCAAUAUUGUUGCAGAAAGUCUAUAUAUGUAUAUGUAUCAGCUGAGGUUGAGGUUGAGGUCAAAUAGUUAAAGUUGAUGUCCUUUUAUCUUAUGUGUAUAAUAAGUGACCAAUUGAAUUUUCUAGUUACUGGUUCUUUGGUAACUAGUCGUUCUGUUUGUUGCACUGCUCUCUAGUUACAUCCCUGUAGCUUGUAUUUGUUUUA